ACGCCAUUAUCGUUCCCCGAGACACAGACGUGAUUUCGUGAAAAUUUUUGAGUAGUAAAGCGCCAAAGCAGAAAACAUACAAAAUGGCCACAGAUGAUCCAGGGGCAGACGACUUGACAAUUACGUCUCAGACAGGUAUGGUUGUUGACACUAUCACUCUAUCUGAUGGGGUACAGAACAUGGGAGACCAAGGAAUCAUCAGUGUUACAGUGGAUGCUUCGUCACUCCAUGGCAUUCCAGGACUUACAACACAUACAGGCAUUGAUGCUGCAGACAGUGAUGAACAUGACCCCCGGGAUGAGGAGCCUCAAUCUAAAAGACAGAAGACAGAUGGUAUAGCUCUAGCCAGUAGUAACGUCAAUGUCAACAAUAACAUCAAUCACGACCAGUCCAUAAAGCAACUACUCUUCACAAUAAAUAAGGCAAUAUGUAUGAGGCUUGAUGGGAUUGAAAACAGCAUAGAAAUCUUGAACGGCCGUACAAAGUACUUAGAAGAGAAAGUGGAAGAGCUGAUUCAGACAUCUAAACAAAAUAAUGGUGUUUUAUCAAACAGUACCCUGGUAUCUCCAAACAACAAUAGGAAGGGAGCCGUGAUUGUUGGACUGCCUCAGGGAAGCAAUAAAGUCGAUAAUACAGGCCCUGGUGUAAACAAUGGUGAUGGUAUACAGAACAUGGGACUUGGACCAAAUGUAACUCUUAUAACCCUUAACUCUGAAGAGGAUUAUCCACAAGGUACAUGGUUAGGAGAUGAGAACAAUCCAGAAAUGAGAGUAAGAGUGCCAAUAACACCAAGUGACCUUCUUCAUGUACAUUCGAACUGCCGAACAGCAGAAAAAAUGGCAUUGACCAUGCUUGAUUACCUAUUUGAUAGAGAAACACAAGCAUCCUCUAAUCUGUCUGGCAUGGGCAAACAUGGCAAAAGACAACUAGAUCCUCUUAUGAUCUAUGGUAUCAGAUGUCAUCUUAUACAUAGAUUUGGUAUCAAUGAAGCAGACUGGCAUCGUAUUAAACAAAAUGUAGACUCUAAAUGUAGAACAGCAUUUCGUCGGAAACAAAAAGGAAUGCCACUUACGGUGAAGGCAUUCCGUGGAAAAUCUACCCCUACCUAUAUACAAGUUGGACAGGAUGAAAUGGGCAGUGACGAGGACUCGCUGCAGGAUGCAGAACUACAUAUACACCAGGGACAGUUGGAUUUAAAACAAACUAUGGCUGCCAUGCAGACAGAGGGCUUACCGCCAGGAGAGAUUCAGAUACUGCAUGCCACCCCUGAACAGAUAUCUCAACUACAACAGGCUCACCAUAUACAAAUACUACAGGGUGACCAAGUUAUCCAAGUCCCUAUGCCUAUGAACCCAUCAGAUGAUGGGCUCCAGGUGGCAGUGUCAUUGCCUCAGUCAGAUAGUGUGCGGGUCGCAACAGUGACGACAGACGAUGGUGAAGUUGUACAACUUGCUCAGGUUGAUCCUGUAGUGGCUGACCAAACAAGCUGAAACAAUCACCGAUAAAUACACUUGACUUUUACCAUAGUGCUUGUUGUAUUUCUCUCUGUUAGUCAUCAUGUAAAAUGACUGUGCCUGGAAGAAUGUUUCAGAAAUCGCCCAUCACCAUCACUUGCAUAGAAUGGGAAUGCACAUAUAAGUAUAAAAAUAUAUAGAUAAUUUAUGAAUUACUUGAAUUUGAGUAUCUUUUGUUGUUACUGAAUAUCAUGGCAUUUAUAGUAUUAGCUUGUGAAAUCAGUAAGAAACAAUUUUUAUUUGAUUUAUGAAAUACAUAUUCAUAACAAACAUGCUGUCUUAGUACAGACCUUCAAAUUUCAUGUCAAAAAAACAAAUUUAACAUUGAGUGAAUUUGUAUAUCCAAGAUUCAAUAACAUGUUACCAGAAAUAUCAAAAUGUUUCAGGUAAUACUUGCAUCAUCUUUGAAAAAAGACAAUAAUUAGAGAAACUUCAUUAAAAAAAGAUAAAAAAUUCAAUACAAUUUGUAUAAUAAUUCUUAACAAGAAUUUUACAUUUUUAUAUAAACCACAGACUUAUAUAGAAGUCUGUAAAUAUACAGACAUGAUUGUGCUCCUACAAAGCUCAAUAAACAUGUGAAAACAA